AUGAGCUCGGCGGAAUUGCCUCCAAAUGGAGGUUAUGGCUGGGUCAUUGUUGCGGCUGUUGCUGCAAAUAAUGCCCAUCACUGGGGCAUCGUGUCUUGCUAUGGAGUCUUUCUUGCUUACUUUCUUUCACAUUCUCAAUUCUCGGAUGGAUCCAGUCUUGACUAUGCCUUUAUUGGUGGCCUGUCUGCAUCUCAAGCCCUUCUGAUUGCACCAGUAGCUGCGAUAAUCAAUCGUCGACUCGGCCUCAAAGUGACAAUGUACUUGGGGAUUCUAUUUGAGACAGCUGCUCUUUUAGGCGCGUCGUGGAGCACUCAAAUUUGGCAACUCUAUCUGAGUCAAGGCAUUUGCUUUGGCUGGGGACUCGGGUUGCAAUACGUAUCAACAAUCGCCAUCAUUCCACAAUGGUUCACCAAGAAACGGAGCCUUGCAGCAGGAAUUGCUGCUGGUGGAAGUGGCACGGGUGGUUUGAUCUAUUCGCUUGCGGUCAACGCAAUGCUGGAACGGUUCGGUACUGGGUGGACCUUUCGCAUCUUGGCGAUUGUCCAGUUGGUCGUCAACAGCCUAUGCGCACUCAUUCUUCGCGAUCAUAACAAAUUGACUGGGACCAAGACAUCCAGCAUUACGCUUCGUCAACUUUCCAAGCAAUACGAGCUUUGGCUGUUUCUUGGAUGGAGCUUUUUCAGCGUGAUGGGCUUUAUGGUAAUUUGGUAUUCACUAGAUGAAUUUUCCAGGAGCAUUGGAUUGAGUGCUCAUCAAGGAUCUAUUGUUACAGCUGUGAUGAAUCUUGGCCAGAUCUUCGGUCGGCCCGGGGUUGGAUAUUUUAGUGACGUGGUUGGGAGGAUGAAUAUGGCGACGUUCGCUACUUGCCUAAGCGGACUGCUGUGUCUACUUUUGUGGACAUUCUCCCAGUCCUAUGCAGCCAUUUUGUGUUUUGCAUUGCUAGCUGGAACUGUGUUUGGGGCAUUCUGGACGGUUGUUGCACCUCUAGCUGCUGAAGUGGUCGGUUUGGAAUAUCUGCCUUCCUUUAUGACUGUCGUCUGGCUAUUCUGCGUGGCCCCAGCAACAGUUGGCGAACCAAUUGGUCUGGAACUUCGAACUACCGGAAAAUACGAGUACCGACACGUUCAGCUAUUUACUGGAUUUAUGUAUAUUGGUGCCACUAUUUUCGUCAUCUUUCUUCGCCAGUGGAAGCUAUCGUUAGUCCGCAAAAAAGAGGAUGGGAUGGGAGAAGCUUCGGGAAACGCGGCCCCUCAAGCAUCAACCGUUCCUGCAAAUGGGCAUAUUGGAUCUUGCAGAGCAUGGCUA